AUGGCAUUGACUAAUGCAAGCUUUACCGAAAUUUUGGACGACUUGUCAAGAACAGGCACACUGGUUUUACGAAGACUUUGUACGGGAACAGAACCCAAAUUUGCCGAGUUUCUCGCUAAAAAAUUUUUCCGCAAACAUUGUCCACUAUUACAUCAAUGGUCGAACGAACACGAAAAAGCUUUCAGCGACUUUAUGCAAUAUAAAAUCAAAGUCCCCGUAUGCGGGGCGAUAAUGUUAAAUGAAUCGAUGGACCAGUGUGUACUAGUAAAAGGAUGGUCGUCACGAUCAGGCUGGGGAUUCCCAAAAGGAAAAAUAAAUUACGAUGAGCCUGAUUCUAUAUGUGCAGCACGAGAGGUAUUAGAAGAAACAGGAUACGACAUAUCCCCACUAAUAAAAGAAAAAGACUACGUAGAGAUAACAAUACGUGAACAACGAAUACGAUUAUACAUAGUGGUCGGAGUGCCGCAAGAUACAGACUUCUGUCCAAGAACUCGAAAAGAGAUUAGCAAAAUCGAAUGGCACAGGUUAUCCGAGUUACCCACUUGGAUCCGUAGCAAAGAUAAAGAUUCACCUUAUAAUUGCGGAGGCGGGUGUGUUAAAUAUGGAAGUAGUAGAUUUUAUAUGGUGGUCCCGUUUGUAAGUAAAUUACGCAAUUGGGUGAAAACGCAACGAAAAAAUGCUCGACAGCGUGGUAACCCGAGAUCAUCAUCAGUCCCAGUCUCUGAACAAAUACUCUACUCGGAAAACUCGAUCAACGGGACUGAAGAAGAAAGCGAAGAAGGAAGUAGUGGUAAAGGCGGACAGUCUCCUCCAUCGCAAAACGAAGAUAACGAACUCCAACAACAUCGUGUGUUAAACAACCACCAUCAAUAUCAACACUCGCAACAACAACUAAAUCAUCUUCCCACCGACUUUACGACAAAAUUCCUGAAGAAUAUUUUAGGCGUAAAUGCUUACUACGGGAAUGGACCGCCGCCUGUCCUGCCUUCGCACGCGUCUCCUCCGGUGGAUACAACAUCUUCACAAAUUGAUCGUGAUAAUCACACUAACAGUAUCACGGCUCCGAUUCCUCGUUCAGCAAACAGUAACGUGAAUAUUGCGGCUCUGGAUCCCGAACAACAACUCAGAAGAAAUUCUAUAUUGAACUUGUUUACAGCGGUGGAUCCUUCUGCGACUACGACGACUAACGCCACCAAUACAAAUACUACCAACUCUAGUCGACGACCUUCUGUACCCGCUACUACUACCAAUGCUGCUAUUACUAGUACUAAUACUAUUGAUACGACUACGACUACAUCCUUAGUCGAUUACGAAGAGCGACGCAGAAAUUCUCUGCUGGAAUUACUUCAACCUGAAACUGCUGCUGCUGCUACUACUACUACUGCCACUACUAUUAAACCUGAGAUAAUUACAUCGUCCUCUGUAACAACUUCGGUUAAUUCAAUCAUGAAUAAUAUUCCUCCACGCACUACUGAUUUUUCUGAAGGUGUUGCUGGUAGCAGUGGUAGUAUUCAUUACGUAAUUCAAGAGCGACAAGAACAGAUGCUUAAUUUCUUGCAACAGCCUUCGUCCGCUGCUUCAUUGAUGAGUAUGAACCGAGCUUCGUCUUCUACUUAUGUUUGCACAACAACCAAUGUCUCAUCAUCACCCAUUGGUAUCUCCGUACCAUCACCAAUCUACUGCUGCUGCUACGGAUACGCUACUCCGAUGGCGCCACAACAUGGAGUUGUUGGGCAAGGAAGACCUCAUCAAAAUACAACUUCUAAUACUAACCCCAAUAACAACGGGUUUAAUAACGUUAAUUACCUGAACAAUCGUGACAAUCUUGAUGAUAUUUCCCGCAAAAUGUCGUUGCUUGGUUUGUUAUCGUCAUCGGAGAACAAUAAUAGUAAUCCAGUUGUCGUUAGAAGUAACAACCACCAUAUCAUGAAUGGUGUUAGUAUCGACAAUGAUAACGCGGUUAAGCAACAAUCUGCAUCCAGUUUACCACCAGUGCCAUCUGCAUCUUACUUUACUAAUGGCGUAAAUGGUGGUGGUGUCAAUGGCUUAAGUGGCGUGAACAGUUUAACUACCAAUGGAAUCAUCAACCAAAACCCUGCUCCACCUCAAAUUAAUAACAAUAAUAAUACAUUAAAUCACAAUACUCACCAUCAUCAUAGAUCAUUCACCCCCGGUACACCAUUAACCGCGCAUCGUGCCAGUCACGAGAACUUGCUUCGUCUAAUUACAGCCUCACCACCUGCCAAAUUUGCCUCAUCUGGUCCGAUCGACGCCGAGAUCCAGGAGCAAGAAAGAACGUUAAUGAGUUUUUUGAAGUUUGCAGGUAGUGAUGUUGGUAAUGCUGAUAACCACACUACCAUCAACAACAAUAAUGAUCAUAGUACAACUGCUAGUAUCGGUAGUGCUGGAUCUUCGACUACUACUAUUGCCAACGAGUUGAAUGUAGUUGGAGGGGAUAUUGAUGCAUCGUCAUCAUCGUAUAAUAUAAUAAAUGGUACUCGUGAGAUUCUUACCGCCCAUAACAUCUUUAAUAAUAAUACUGGCAAAAAUAUGGGUUUCUUGGAUGUUUUGUCAUCUUCGUCAUCACAUCCUUUCUCUAAUAAUAAUAAUAUCAGCAAUGCUCACCGUAACCAACAUGAUAAUAAUAAUCAUUCUGUUGGAAGUGUAAACGGUGUUGUUGGUAAUGGAGAUUACAAUGGACUGAUACCAGCCGGCGAUCAAAGACUCCAUCAUUAUAAUGAUGAUCAUAAUAAACACCACCAACGUCAAGAUAUUGCAUCUAUUUCUUCGAUGGGUAUUGUUGAUCAACAACAAUUACUGUUGCAACAGUUACUUAACAAUAGUAAUCAUCCUCUUCCACAAUAUCAUCGACGUCACGACAAUAACUAUGUAACUGGUGCUGGUGGCAAUUCAUUCAAUAUUGGUGAGGCUACUGCCACCAGUUCUAGCACCCAGAUACCUGCCUUCGCGAACUUCAAAUUUGAUGUGGAUAAAAUUCUGGCUGCUAUGUAA